AUGACGAGCAAAUCCCUGGAUGACGGGCGGCUCGUGAAGAAAAUGGGGGUGCUUUCAAGCUCAAAGCCUUCACUAGUAGCUGAUGGGUUAUGGCAGAAGCUUUCCAUCACAGACUGUGCAUCUGACAGUGGCUUAUUGAUCACUCAUAUCAACCAGACGCAUGAUCUUCUGAAAGUGAGGAGCACUGCGAUCGUCUGCACCGGGUUGAAGACCACCGACGACUGGAUGCACAGCUAUGGUCUGAAAAACCUGCACCUCACAUUGGAAGACCUGAUUAGAAGAGGCACUGUCACAGUGGAUGCGAAUGAUGCUGAGCAGCUGGAGUUCACCGCUGAAGUUGUUUCUGAUUUCGAAUCAGGACUGUACGGAGCCAUCGAUCUUUACAACAAACGGAUCCAGUGGCUACUGCAAGACAGCAGGAAGCUAUUUGGCAUCAUGCAAGGAAGCAAAAUUGGAGUUCUGAUCGAUACGUCCGAUGUGACUUGUGGAGCAAGACUCCUCGAUUUCCAAAAAGAUCUUGUGCAUUUAGUUGACGAGCAGUUGUGCUACGUGAAACGUCUGUACUUCCUUUCCUUCGGUACCGAGGUCUCAUCUCUCUGGGAGGAGUCCAGAUCCGUCGACGUGGACAUUUUGUCUGAAGCCAGGCAAUGGGUGAAGGAGCUGAAACCCAGUGGAGGCUGCAAUCUGUUGAAAGCUUUGAAGAAAGUCCUCGAGCGGAAAGAGCUGGACGCCCUCGUCAUCAUCUCAGGGAGCUGCCCGGAUCAAUCCUCUGAAAUACUGUCUGAUUACAUCCAGCAAUGCUCGCUGGGGAGAGAACUGCUGAUCCAAACGGUCGCCUACGAGUGCAGCAACCAGGCGCCUCCAGCUGUUUUAAAAAGUCUCGCUGAAGCUGUUGGCGGACAUUACCACAGCUGCUGUACAAAAAGCGAGAGUUACGAGAGCAACGAUCUGGACAUGAUCCGUGGCGAGCGCAAGACAGCCAAGGACUUGCUCAACGUCAUAAAUAAAAUCUAUAAGGGAAAGGUGGGCCACGCGCGCUUUAGUUUACUACAAGAGAGCUCCGCAGACGUGUCGCUCUCUCUGGCCAGCUCCCUGCCAAAGCCGCCGAACCAUGAAGGGCCUCUCAAGAUACAAAUCCCAGAUUUCCUGGCCAAAACAUCAGCGGAAUGGUUGAAAACCAACGGACUAAAAGGCAAGAAGCUGAGCCUGUACCAAGUUAUGGCACCGAACGCCUUUUCCCCCGUGGAAGAAUUUGUCCCUAUUCUUCAGAAAACUGUCUCAUCAAUUGUGCAUGAAAAAGCAAUGAUGCAGUUUGAAUGGCAUGACGGGACCGUGAAAAACGUCCACGUCGACCCACCGAUAUUGUACGAUUACCAGAAGCAGCUGACCAGGCUGGUGAGGAGGUACGAGAGACGCAUCGAAUGGCUCUCCGCUGGUAGCCGAAGGAUGUGGGGAACAGUUUGCGAAAGGAGGGUUGUUCUACUGAUAGACGUCUCCCUAACAAAUUCCCCAUACAUCAUUCAUAUCCAACACUCCCUGCGGCUUCUGCUGGAGGAGCAACUCUCUAGCAAGGACUGCUUCAAUAUCAUCGCGUUUGGAAAAGAGGUUAAUCCCUGGCAACCGCAAAUGGUCCCCUCACACCCAGACAACUUAGAGCAGGCCUGGAGAUGGGUUCUGGAUCUGCAGUGCGAAGGCACUCGAAAUGUCAUGGGCGCUUUUCGAAGAGCGGUGGAGGUGGACUUCAGAGAUAAAGACAAACAUGAGUCCCAGGGGAUAUACCUGCUGACUACCGGCAUCCCUGAUCAAGAGACGCAUGCGAUUAGCUCUUACAUGGUCGAGGUCUGCGGAGGGUGUGAUUUGCAGCUUCACAUUUCUCUGUUCAGCACCGACGAGUCUCCCUUUGACGGCGAUAUCCCGCCGCGCUACACCAACCCCGAAGAGACGGCCCUCGCUUUCAAGACUGUUGUGCGGGAUGUCAAUGGCCAGUUUCACUGGUUUGGAGAAACAGGCAUCUACGAAAGCGAUGACAUCAGCAGCAUCGUCUCUGAAAUGGAGACAGCGGUCAACUAUUCCCACAAGUGCGCCCUGCUCGUGGAAUCCUUAAAGCAACGAUCAGGAAGCCAACCGGCCGAUCAGUUGAUUCCCGAGGAAGACCUAACUAUGUUAGACAGAAGGGAGAAAAGCAGACCGCAGAAGUUACAACUUCCAAAACCGACCGCCCUCAAUCUUGCCAGAAAGAGCGCAAGAGACGCACAGGACGGGGACAGAAACAGCCCCGCCAAAGCGGUCACGUGGCGUCCGACGAGCGCCAAGGCAGAAAUCCCUCCAGCGCAGCCAAUAAAGGAGUUUUUGCGGACGGGCGGGAGAAAGAAAUACAGAUUGAAGAAACGCCCCGAGGUUUCAGUGUCGUUAUUUUAUACCGGCAAAGGAAAGAAAGUCGGCGCAGUUUACAGAAAUUAUUCCCAGGCCAAACGUGUGAAGAAGGCGAUUCCUUGUGUCAUUCUGCCCCAGGAAGAAGAAAAGUGCUCGAGCAAAGAGUGGCUCAGCAAAUUCGGCAUCAAGAAACUGAAGUUAGACUUGCCCAGAAUCGUUUUCGGGCCCGAGUCCUUGCAUCAGAUGCAACUGGUGGAAUCCCUGCGCAAGAAAGUGUCGGCGAAAUACUGCGACAUUUUCCCCAGCGUCGAAAUUGACGGCAUCGUGAAGCACUUGCACGUUCAGCCCAAGGAGCUUGAAGAGUAUAUUGAGCAAAUGGAGAAAGUCUUGCAGUGCUACGUCAAAAGGAUGCAGUGGCUUUUAUCAGGAAGCCGUCGAUUGUUCGGGGUGAUUUUGGAAGCCAACGUCUGCAUCCUGAUCGACACCUCCGGAUCCAUGGAACCGUCUCUGGAGGAAGUCGCGAAAGAGCUGACCUCUCUGAUCUGGGAACAGCUGAGAAAGAAUCAGACCAGGUUCAAUUUGAUCAGCUUUGCGGAAGAUGUCGUGGCGUGGCAAGAGGGCCUGGUGGAGGCCACGGACGAAGCGUGCCACGAUGCCGUGCAGUGGGCCUCGACCUUCCGGGCACACGGGAAUACGUCCAUCCUCAAGGCGUUACAGAGAGCUUUCCAACUUCCGGGCGUUGAGGCUUUGUACGUUCUGACCGACGGGAAACCGGACAGCAGCUGCACUUUGGUUCUCCAAGAAAUUGAAAGGCUGAGCAAGAAGCAGGCGGUUACCAUCCACACGAUUUCAUUUAACUGCUCCGACGGAGGAGCCAACGAUUUUCUCAAGAACCUGGCUUUCCAGACUGGCGGACGCUACCAUAGGCGACAUGGAGAUGUGGAUGGACAGUUGGCGGCUCAUCGAAUAUUGACAGAAGGCUUCAAAGAUGAAGAUGAUCCCGUUUUCCCCUUGUUUGAAGGAGAUGAUUUAAAGAAGCUCACUGAAGAAGUAGCAAAAGCCAGGAGUUAUUUAGCACAAGCCAAGUUUUUUAGAUCACUCUUGGAGAAAAAGGAUUAAGACCAAAAGGAGCAUUCCUCCUAA